AUGAAGAUGCGGUUUAUCGGCGUCUACAUACUGCUGGGCCUGGCAGUGGCCAAGCCAUUGCGUCCUCUUGAGCAUAGAGCGUCGAAUCCACCAACCCUUGGUGACGAUGUUAUAGGGAUUUUGUCGUCUGUCACGGACGACCUGGCUAGUCUGAGUCCGUAUCUUUUCUCUCAAGCAACGUCUAUCAAAAACAAAGUUCAGUCGGCGAGAUUACUCCCCUCGACCUUGAAUUCGAGCUCUGUUGAGUCCGCCGCCGCGACAAUCUCGGAUAUCUUUAGAGAGCGUCCGGCGGAUCUGACCGUGGCGGUUGAUGAGCUCCUGUCGCAGGGCUUGCUUGUGGGACAGCUUCUGGACUUGCUCAACAGCUUUGCAAACGAGUCGACUAUUAAUUCCCAGAACAACACGAACCCAAAAAAUCCCACAACCCCGGUCUACCCUUCCAAAUUGCCAGACGAUGCUCCCUAUUCACUGGACGAAAACACCCUGCGGUCUGCCAUUUACAUCCCAGAGUCGUUCACAUACGGAAACAAAACCCCCGUCAUCCUAAUCCCUGGAACGUUCAUCCCGGCCGGAAUUACGUAUCAUUUCAGUUUCAGCAAACUGUCAAACUUCACCAGCAUCCUUGACCCGCUCUGGGUGAAUAUCCCCGGUGCUUCUUUAGGCGAUGCCCAAGUCAACGCCGAAUACGUCGCGUACGCCAUCAACUACAUAUCCGGAAUCACCAAAUCCAACGUAGCUGUCCUCUCCUGGUCCCAGGGCGGCCUUGACACCCAAUGGGCCCUGAAAUAUUGGCCGUCGACGCGCUCCAGCGUCAAAGAUUUCGUCGCCAUCAGCCCAGACUUCCAUGGCACAAUCCUGGCGCCAGUUAUCUGCCCUGGCCUGCCUAGCCCGAGCUGCACCCCAUCUGUCGCCCAACAAAUCUACACAUCAAAAUACAUCGCCACUCUCCGUGCCGACGACGGCGACUCAGCCUACGUCCCCACUACCACUCUCUUCUCAACCUUUGACGAAAUCGUCGAGCCCAUGAGCGGCGAGUAUGCAUCUGCAUACUUGCUCGACGCGCGCAAUGUCGGCGUCACGAAUGCUUGGGUCCAGCAAGUUUGCGGAAUCGGAAAACUGGGUGGCUCCAUCUACACGCAUGAAGGUAUGCUAUACAACCCGCUUUCAUGGGCGCUGGCCAUCGACGCUAUCGCGCAUGACGGUCCUGGUGAUCCGUCCAGAUUGGAUCUUGAUAAAGUGUGCUCGAACUUUUUGGCAGAGGGUUUGGAUUUGGAGGAUUUGUUGGGGACCGAGGGUUUGCUUUUGCUUGCUGUGGCAAAUAUUAUUGGGUAUGGUAGUUGGACGGCGACGGAGCCUCCUAUCAAGGCUUAUGCGAGGUAG